AUGCGGGCAGUCACUCACUGGAGCUGUUGGUCUAAUCUUAGUCCUGGUAAUCCUGAUCUAGACUACGAGUGCGAGAUAAUCACUGGGGACCGUGUUCUCGAGUACUCGUACUUGGGGUGUUUGUUGCCUACUCAGUUCUAUCCCGUAGCCGGCCUAACGGUUGAAAGAAUUUGUGUUAAAAGUGUGAUUAUUUUCCCCCCUUCCUUUCUUCUUCUUCUUUUUUUUUUUUGGGGGGGGGAAGGGUUCGAAUAAGAAACCGGUGAAGCUGUGCUUGGUUGAUUGGCUGAUUGGUUGGCGAGUGGGAUUGGGCGGCUUCUGGUUUUAUGGGGGGAAGUUUUGUGCGGUCCAAGGUGGUUUGUCGUGUCAUAUACGAUCACUCGGUUCGUGAAAAGUUACGUGUUGAUGAAUACUGGUAUCGUACUACAAGUACUGUAGGAAUUUAGCGGCCACUCCCGAUGGUCCUCCCGACGUCAAAAAGACUAGAUCCUUGGUCAAGCGUGCUGGGGAAGAUCUCAUCUCGGCGUCCCUGAAUAUUGCUUUCAGGUCGACCGGUAACUUAGAUCUCGAGGAGGAGGAGCAGUAGUUUCCGACAUCGCUCGUAGUUCGGAUUAGUCCAGCUGUUGGCUGGUAGGUAGGUUUGGGCUCGAUGAGGUGAUCAUGUUAGCAGUCUACGCGUUGAACUCGAGUGUGCCAUGGCCUGUGAUAGAUUUCUCGGUAGCGGUAUCUGGAUCGUGUGGAUUGGGAAACGUCAUGAGA